AUGGCUUUGAGGGACCAAUCCUUGGGCUGUUGGAAAUACUUUACCUUCAUCUGCUUCACUUUGAUGGCAACUCACACUGUCAUCAAAUCCUCUUUCGCCUCUGGAUGGAAUUACGAUGUAAUAUUGAGUUACGAAGAAGAAGAAGAAACAGGAAACAAUUUCGCAAGUAACCUCUAUGCUUUGUUGGAGAGGGCCAACAUCAAAGUAUUCAAGAACGAUGCAGAGAUCUCAAAAAGAGGAGACCAGAUCUCUCCAGUGCUCAUGAAAGGAAUCAAUGAAUCAAGAUGUGCUAUUAUCUUAUUCUCGAGGAACUAUGCUUCUUCAACACAAUGUCUUGAAGAACUUUCCUUGAUAAUGGAAUGCAGGGAAAAGCUUGGCCAAAAGGUCUUUCCUGUUUUCCUCAUGGGUGUGGAAGGAUCAGACGUACGGCGUCAAAAAGGAAGCUUUGGGAAGCCUUUUGGCCAGCACCAAGAGUGCUUCGAGCCAGAGGUGUUGAAAAGGUGGAGGUCAGCUCUGGAAAUAGCAGGGGAACUCCGUGGAUGGAACUUGAAAGACAAACACGGGUAA